CGGUCACCUCCGGUACCCUCCGGCCAUGGACGAAGGCACCAGCGCUCGACCCCCCAAAAACCCUAGACGCGCUCGCCUCGCUAACCGCGAUCUCAAUUCCCAGGAAGCCGACGCCGAAUUGCUGGAACUCGACGAUGACGACGACGACGGCGCCGACGGCGGUUACGACGGCGUUCCCGAGGUGGGUAUGGUCUUCAAAACCCACCAAGAAGUUUCCAAGUUCUAUAAACGCUACGCUCGCCGAGUUGGGUUCGGGGUUUCAGUUCGCAGAUCUUCGUUUACUAAAGAAGGGCAUUGCCUGUACUUAGAAUUGAUGUGUUGUAAAGGGGGUAGGAAAAGGCCAGAACCUAAAUUUAGGAAGAGAACUAGUGCAACUACUAAUUGUCAGGCUAGGGUCAGGGUUAAGCUUUGGGGAGAUGGGUUGUUGCAUUUGGAGCUGGCUAGCUUGGAUCAUAAUCAUCCGGUUAGCCCCUCGAUGGCGAGGUUUUUGAAUUGUUAUAAGCAUUUGACUGGAUUUGCGAAGAAGAAGGCGCUGAGGGAGCAAGAGGAGAAUAUGGUAGCUCAGAGUGAGGAGCCGGUACAAUCUGUGCAUGUUGAUAAAUUGGCUGCGCUUGAGGAGCUUUUGUUUAGGGAAAACGAGUGCCGGAGUUUUGUCGAGAGAGGGAGGUUGAGAUUUGGGGAGGGAGAUUCGGAGGCGAUUAGGUUGUUUUUUACGCGGAUGCAAGCGAAAAAUUCAAACUUUUUCAAUGUGGUUGAUUUGGAUGAGGAGGGUUGUGCUAGAAAUGUGUUUUGGGCUGAUGCAAGGUCUAGGGCUGCUUACCAGUAUUAUAGUGACGUGGUUACGUUGGACACAACGUGUAUAUCGAAUAGAUUUGAUUUGCCGCUUGCAUGUUUUGUUGGUGUGAAUCAUCACGGCCAGCCUGUGUUGUUGGGCUGUGGUUUGCUUUCUGAUGAGACGGCAGAGACAUACAUUUGGUUGCUGAAGGCUUGGAUUGCUUGUAUGUCAGGAUACAUGCCGAAUGCUGUGAUUUCAGAUUAUUGCAAAGGGAUUCAGAGUGCAGUUGCUGAGGUGCUACCAGGGGUUCGUCAUCGUUUCUGCUUGUUUCAGAUAAUGAAGAAAGUCCCAGAGAAUUUGGGUGGGUUGGCCGAGUAUAGAGCUAUUCACAAGCAAUUGCAGAAGGCAGUGUAUGACUCGUUGAGGAUGGAUGAGUUUGAGGAGGAAUGGAGGAAGAUGGUGGAGAUGUAUGGGCUUCAGGGUAAUGAUUGGUUAAGCUUGUUGUAUGAGUUUCGUCAUUCAUGGGUACCAGCCUAUUUGAAAGAUUCAUUUUGGGCAGGUAUGUCCACUAUUCAACGAAAUGAAUCUCCUACACCCUUCUUUGAAGGUUAUGUUGAUCAAAAGACCUCCUUAAAGCAGUUCAUUAGUAAAUAUGAGAUGGCUUUACAGAGUAAGUAUGAAAAGGAAGCCCAAGCAGAUUUUGAGACAUUCCAUAAGAGACGGCCUGCAGUGUCGAAGUUUUACAUGGAAGAGCAGUUGUCCAAGGUGUACACUAUUAACAUGUUCAAAAAAUUCCAAGACGAGAUUGAGGCCAUAAUGUACUGCCAUGCGUCAGUUGUCAGUGUGGAUGGGUCAAGUUCUACCUUUGAUGUGAAGGAAUGUAUCUUUCUGGAAGAUGGUAAGAGGACGAUGAAUAAGAAUCAUGGAGUUCUUUAUGAUGCAGAAAAAAAGGAUGUUCGCUGCAUAUGUGGCUCUUUCGAGUUCAGGGGUAUUCUCUGUAGACAUGCUUUGUCUGUCUUCAAACUGCAACAAGUGCAUGAGAUUCCAUCUCAGUUCGUUUUAGAUCGCUGGAAGAAGGACUUUAAGCGCUUGCAUGUUAUGAACCGACCUUCAGAAGAUAUCAUUGCUAACAACCGUGUGGAUCGUUAUGAUUAUUUAUCAAUGAGAUGCCUUCAGCUUGUUGAGGUAGGGGUUUUAUCCGAUAAGUAUCAACUUGCUCUAAAGUUGAUACGGGAGGCAGAGAAGUUUCUUCUCAGUGAUACCACGUAUGAUGAUACACGGCCUAAGAUUAUUUCUCGCAUAAAUAAAGCAAAUAAGCCAGACAAGGAUGGUGUUCAAGGUGUUGGAAAGAUUGUGGAUGUUGAAAAUGGAGAUGAAGGGAGACGACGGCGUGGGAGGCCACCACAAGGAAAAGAGUCUCAGAUUCCUCAAGGAAUGUCCAAGGUUGGUAAUCCAGCCUAUCAGUUUCACGUCGUUCCGGCUGUACCAUAUUUACAACCCCAUGCUGGGGUACAACCAGGCAAUAAGCCAGUGGAUGGAACAAGUCCAAAUGCUUUGCCAAUAGGUAGUCAAUAUGGAGUGCAGAUGAAUCCGCAACAAUAUAUUGGCAAUCAAGCAGCAAUGAGGCCCAGUGUUGUUUAUAUGUUUCCGGGUGGUUACGAUCCGCAAACACUUGGAAAUGGAUCGAUGAUGCCAUGGAUCUAUCCGCAGAUGUACCAGGCUGGACAGCAACCGAAGGACCCUACUGUGACAACUGGACAGCCCGGUAGGAAAAGGAAAGUGACUCGUCGAAGAAAGAUAGGGCAGUCUGUUGAAAGCUUUAGCGAACCUAGCCUUCCGCCUGCUGGAGUAAUGCCUAGUGGCCCAGCGCAGUCAGGCCCAACACCCACUGGGCCAGCACAGCCCGGCCCAACAUCCACUGGGCCAGCACAGCCCGGCCCAAUGGCCACUGGGUCAGAGUCUUUGGCCACAGCAGCUCCGGGUCCAACACCUUCUCCUCGUGCAGUACCUCCUGGUCCUGUGCCCCAAACUGCCGGUUAGUUAGGUAUGAGGCAGUUGAAAGUAAUUAGUAACCUAUUGAGUUAAGCAAGAUGUCCAUAGAGAAAUACUGAGAAGGAACAAAGACGCAUUCAAGAGUAGGAGAAGUAAUUUUCCAGCUUUUGACCUUCUGGAAUGUAUAGUUCCUUUUCAGAGGCCUGACACAGGCAACGAAUUCAUCGGCAAGGUUCGCUGACCAAGAUACGGAGGUUUGGAGUAUAUGUAGUGUAAUUCUUGAUCAAGAAGUUGCAGGUGGACAUGAAAUAUUCCCUUUUAGAGUAGAGAGCUUUUUUCAGAAAUGUUUUGUGAUGUGUUGGUAAGCCUGGUAAUCCUCUUUAAUGUCAGCAUGUAAAAUGUUGUUAGAAGCGUGAUUCUUCUCAAGAGGAGUGCUUUUGUAAAAACAAUUUGUUUUUUGCAGCCAGGUAUAAAAACCUGUUGAUCCUAAAUUGUUAACGGCGAAGAUUACGUUCUAGCA